GGUGGGUGGCCGCCAGGACACACCUACAUUGGCUUCCUAGGAGGGAAAUAUAUAUUAAUACCCUCACGAUCCAGCCACAUGAUAAUCUGGUUCUAUAGCACUCCGAGAAAGCAAAAGUGUCAUCAUUAGCUUGAUGAUGGAGCGAUACAUACUUUUUACAUCACUGUCGGUGAUCCUUUUCCCCUCUUCUCCUAUUGUUUCUUCAGACAGCCACUCACAUUUUUUCUUCACAACUGUCACCAAUGACAUUACCAACUACUACCCGACUUACUACUCGACCAGGUCCAUUGAUGACAUCACACUGUACUGGUAUGACAGUAACAAUGAGGUGAUAGAGCGCAGGGUGCCAUGGUUUAGAAGAGCCAAGUCCACCUUAUUGGAUGCCAGUAUUAGUGAGUUCCACGAGCAGCAGCGCAUGCAAAAUGUUCUCCAGAUGCUGAAAAGGGGUCUGAAUGACACUGAAGGGUUCCAUAUCUUGCAGUUGUUGGAUGGCUGUGUCCUCUAUGAUAACGGUACAUUUGACACAUUAUACAGAUACCACUAUGAUGGUAAACCAUUCUUGAGUUUUAACGUGAAGGAAGCAAGCUGGAUUGCAGAAGAUCCUAAAGCCCAGUACUUAACUAAUAUGUUAAAUGUGAAUGAGACCAAGACACAGGAAAUAAGGAACACUCUGGUCAAAAUAUGUGUUCCACAUAUACACGAGCUGCUGUCACUGGGGACCUGCACAUUUAACAGGAGAGAACCACCCGUUGUAAUAGUGACACAGAUGCUGAUCACAAAUUCCACUUACCGAUUGAACUGCCAGGCAUAUGGGCACUAUCCCAAGACCAUCUCCAUGACGUGGUACAAGAAUGAUGAGCCAAUAUCAGAGAGUUUGAUGGAGAGAGUGACCUUACCUCUUCCUGACAUCACCUACCUCACCUGGCUAUUGUUAAACAUCACUCUCAAGCAGGAUGAUGUCUAUACCUGUAGCGUCACGCAUAGCAGCCUGACAUCACCACUCAUGGCAGAAUGGAGGCUGUCUGGAGAGUCAUCUGAAGUUAGCAGAGGCAUGUCCAAUGGAAGGGUUAUUGCCUUAUGUGUGGGUAUAUCCCUGCUGGUGGUUCUCACAGUAUUUGGUGCUGUAUCCAUUGCAAAGAGCAGAAGACAGUGAUGGAUCACUGAUCGAUCCCUGAUGUGUCUGUUUAUUAGAAUUGGGCCGAAUCCCUUUGAAGUCUAUGGGAGUCGAAACAGUAAAAAUUGAAAGUGACCAU